ACCAAUCCUCACUUUGAAGCCACUGAGUUUUGAUUCCGAUUCUGUACAAUUUUGCAUUGGAUAUAUUGCCCAGAUAGAUAACAAUGGCCAACCAACACAACAACGGGUCGGGGCUUGACCCGAAUCCUAUUGGGGUGGAGACACCGGAGCCUGAGACUGAAAAGUUUGGAACUUCUGGUUGUGCUAUUCCUAUUGGGGUGGAGAGAAAGGAGCCUGAGACUGAAAAGUUUGGGUCUUUGGAUUGUACUAUUCCUAUUGGGGUGGAGACAAAAGUGCUUGAGACUGAAAAGUUUGGGACUUUGGAUUGUGUUAUUCCUAUUGGGGUGGAGAUACAGGAGCCUGAGACUGAAAAGUUUGGAUCUUUAGAUUGUGCUAUUCCUUUUGGGGUGGAGACACUGGAACCUGAGACUGAAAAGUUUGGGACUUUGGAGUGUGAAAUUCCUAGUGGGGUGGAGUCAAUGGAACCUGAGACUGAAAAGUUUGGAACUUUGGAGUGUGAAAUUCCUAGUGGGGUGGAGACAUUGGAGCCUGAGACUGAAAUGUUUGGGACUUUGGAUUGUGCUAUUCCUAGUGGGGUGGAGACAUUGGAGCCUGAGACUGAAAAGUUUGGGACUUUGGAGUGUGAAAUUCAUAGUGGGGUGGAGACAUUGGAGCCUGAGACUGAAAAGUUUGGGACUUUGGAUUGUGCUAUUCCUAUUGAGGAAGGUGUGGAGAAAAUCACUUUAGUGGGUACCUCUCUCACAGUUGAGGAGAAUGGUAAUAUGGAAGAAAGUGAAAGUGAAAAUUCAGACUCUGAGUGUUCUUCUUCUUCUUCUGGCAGCGGAAGCAGUAGUAGUAGCAGUAGCAGUAGCAGUGAUAGUGACGAUGAUGAUGAGGAGGAGGAGGAGAAGAAAGGGGAAGUUGAAGAAGGCGAGAUAAGUGGUUCUGAUGGAGAUAAGAUGGUUAGUUGGGGCAUUGUUGAUGAUGAUAUUAAUGAUGAUGAUGAUGUUGCUGUAGGAGGACCUAUCAGGUCAAACAAUGAGCUUCAGAAUCUACCUCCAGUUCCUCCGGUUGAUGUGACCCUAGAACCACACCAUCAAAUGCUGCCAGUGGGAGUUGUUAUGUCGGUUCUUGGUGCUCAAGUCAUUGUGGAAGGAGUGGAGAAGCAUGAACCUCUUAAUGAGGGUUCUAUUCUCUGGUUGACUGAAAGCCGAAAACCACUAGGUUUAAUUGAUGAAAUCUUUGGACCAGUCAAAAACCCUUAUUAUGUUGUGAGAUACAAUUCUGAGAAUGAAGUCCCUGCGGGGAUUCAUGGGGGAACCUUGAUCUCAUUUGUUCCAGAAUUUGCCAAUCAUGUUCUUAAUAACAAGGAUAUUUACGUGAAAGGGUAUGAUGCAUCUGGUGCGAAUGAUGAAGAGUUGUCUGAUGAAGUAGAGUUUUCAGAUGAUGAGAAAGAGGCUGAAUACAAGAGAAUGCAACGAGUGACAAAGAGAGGCAUAAAUGAUCAAAAUCCUGGCAAGAGAAAAAACAAUAGAAAGAAAGUUUCACCAAAAGAGCAUGUGGUACCUACCAUUCAUAAUGCACCUGCAACACCAUUUAUUGAUCAUGGAAAUUGUUCACCUUUUUCAGGCAUUGGACAAGGUCAUUUUAGGGGAACUACCACAUUUCCACCCUCAAAUGCAGGUCCUAACUUUGCUACAAAUGGUGUUUGGACAAACAGGACAUCACUUCCACAGCAGCCACAGCCGGUCAUGCUUCCUAAUGGAUUUCCUACAAAUAAUGGCAUACCAUGGUACCCACAAAACACUCAAAUCUCUCAUCAGUUGCCUGUGCCACAAGGAAAUCCAUUUCAACAGCAAUUCCAUCCCAGUCAAGGAUCUCUUUCCACAAAUUUGCUGCCUGGGGCACAGGCCAAUAUAUUAGCACAGCUAUUGUAUGCACAAGGGCUUGUGGGUCAAAACCAACUGACAUUUGGGUUGAACUCAUCCUUCCCACAGAUUCAGCCAACUAUGUGUGCUGCACCACAGGGUUUUCCAUCUACUGAAUUGCAGUCAGAAAGAAAUCUUAAUUUGCAUUCUAGUACUAAUUCUGGCGCCCCCCAACAAUUUCAUCAAGGUUCAUCUGCUAGGCGUGGGAGAAAAACAUUUCGUGGUGGGGGUAGGAAAGGGUGGCGACCAACCAAGUGAAGGUUAUUGUGUGCUCUACUGCACAUUGAAAUAAUUUGUGGAGUUGGACCAUGUUGCAAGGACUAUGCUUGUACAUUUUCAUGGAAGCCUCUCUUGAAUAUUGAAAUGAGUUCGUUGAGCUCCUAAACUUUAGUUACAGGUAUCAUUUGUAUUUGAAAGUGUCUUGAAAUAGCUUGGUGCUAAUUAUCUUGUUUGUCUAUUGGAUUAACUGAAGGAUAGCUAACGAGAGCACCUUCCACUUUCAUUGCACUGAAGAUUCAACCCAAUAUAAUAUUAUGUCACCAUACUCAAGCCAGAAGUCCUGUUUAUUUGAAGCAACGGUAUAUAAACUAGUUCUAAUCUUAAAGCAGAUGUAUCUGCCACAUCAUGUACAAUUUUCUUUCCGUUAUGUCAAUGUUAUUUUGUACUCCUUUAACUACAACC